AUGCCUACGCCGUUGGAUCGCGCUUUGCACUCCAAGAACUUGUUCCUGGGUUUCGCAGGCAUGGUCACUGCGGCUGCAGCCUGGUCUAUUUGGGGCGGUGAUGUGUUCCCCACGGAGGCAGAUCCAACAGGUGAUCCCGAGAACUGGACAAUCGAAGAGAUGAAGAGAUGGCUCCGGGCGCGCGCACUCAUGCCAAGCGAGAAUGCCACUCGGGCAGAUCUUCUGGAAAGAAUCAAGGCCAAUCUUCGCGUACCUCGCGCGCAACCGCCUUCUGCCAAGUCAUGA